UCAUUUCGAAAGUGAAAAGUACCACAAUCCGUGCACAUAUUGUUUGUCAAAACGUUUCUGUGUUAAAGUUCGAUAUCGAGUUCCGGCAAUUCUGAGGAAAUCAAUUUGAAUUUCCACUUUCAUAGCGGACAAGACGCGAUCAUAAUCGCGAAAAUUUCAUACUCCAUUGAGAGAGGUUCUCAAUAUUUAUAAAAUCGGCAAUUUUUAAGACAUAUAACCUCAAUCCAACCAAGUGAAGAUGCUCUGGCAGAAGCAGACAAACGGAAUCUACGUAAAUAUUUGCCAAGAAGAUUUGGAAGAGCGAAUAUUCGAAAGAACUCAAUUCACUUUCGGUAUUCCAUCAGCGCCGAAAAAAUCAAAUGAUAGGUCGGUUGCCUUCCGCAAACUGGGUAACAUCCAGUUCGCCAACAAACAAUGGCUGCACGCAAUCAAAUCGUACAACUUAAGCUUGUGCUUCGCCGAAACAGGCACGGAACACAUAAGUUUGGCGUAUGGUAACCGGUCCGCAUGUUUCCUUCAGUUGAAUAUGUUCGACGAAUGUAUUGCCGACAUUGAAUUGGCGAUCAAAGCCGACUUUCCGGCGCGAUUGUUGCCGAAAUUGGAGAAACGGAAAGCUCAUUGCUUGGAGCAGAUUCAGAACGAUGUUGGUCGGUCAGAUGAAUUCAAAUGUCAGCUGAGCUUUGAAGAGAAUCCCAACUAUCCCGGUAUGGCCAAUGUGCUGAAACUUGAAGUAAGUGAGAAAUACGGUCGACAAAUUACCGCGACCAGCGAUAUCGGCACCGGUAAAUUUCUUAUCGCAGAGAAGGCUUUUCUAACGAAAAGCGAUGGAAAAUGCAAUCGAUGCGACACCUGUUGGAAGAGCAAUGUAAAUUUGGUUCCGUGUUCGCGAUGUUCAGAUGCGUUGUUUUGCAGUCAAUGCAAAGAGAACAGUCAAUGCCACAAUAUUCAAUGCGGCAUGCGCGUAGUCGACAACGAGUCCAUCAACGACCAACAAAUGCAGCUCGUACGUUCACUGUUGAUGGGUAUCUUUGAAUUUCCCAACGUCGAAAUGUUACGGCAGUUCGUCGAACAGGCCGUGCAGAGCGAUCCGAACGAAAUACCGGAAUCGUUACGUGACACUAAGGCUAAGUAUCGAGCAUUUUUGAAAUUGUCAUUCGACCGCAAAACGAUGCUGAAGGAAUCGUUUCCCACCCAAAUCUGUUUCGUUUACAAGACAUUUCUGAAUCAUCGUGCCAUCAGACCGAAAUUUUCAACGAAACAACACCGACGAUUCCUGAUGCACUUGAUUGGCCAUCAUCUUUGCGUCGUUCAGUGCAACACCGGCGCUCUGAUGUACAACGCUGAGUCACCGUUCAGCAUAUCGCAGGCAAUGACGGAAAAUCUGUCCCCCAUUGUCAGCUACAUCAACCACUCGUGCGUACCAAAUCUGUGCAUCAUUGCGUGCGACGAUCGAAACGUUUGCAUAUCUCUGCGACCAAUCAAAACCGGUGACCAACUGUUUGUGACUUAUUUCCGAAACGAUUCGCUGAAGCACUGCACGGCCGAUCGGCAAAAGUUUCUACGAGACAUCUGCGAAUUCGACUGUGAUUGCGAGAGAUGCGUGGUGACGUCAACGGUGCCACAGGAAUUGAUUGAUGAACUGAAGAUGGACGUUCGGUAUCAGUAUGUGCGAAAGUAUGGCAGGACAAAUGGUUGCUGUGGGCGCGAUGCUCGAGUUUUGUAUUUGUGUUCUUGCAGCAAGACCUUCGGUCGGGAUGCAAAGAAGAUCCGAGACAAUUGCGUACCGUUGCUGGAUAAGUUUGGUCAAAUCAAGUGCGCACCGGAAUUGGAUUUGAUUGCAAAAUCUUUGGAGGAUGUUUUGAUCGAUCAAUUUGAGCACUAGACGCUACUCAGUUUCGGACAUUUGUUUCUUCCAUUUUUUGUUUUGUUUUUCUAAUCUUUGGAAAGAAUUUUGUGAUUGAGUCAUAAAAAUGUGUGGCGCCGUUCUGUUUUCUUUUUCAAUUUUAAUGAGACGACUUAUGUAUUGUUACAGUUAGGGUUACCCAGGUUGUAUUUACUUGCAGAAAUAAAACCAAUUUCU